UGGACUCAAUCGGGGGGAUUCUUCGUUGAAAAAUCGAUGAUACAUCCCUAAAGCAUGUUUUGAAUAUUACGCAUAUCGCAACCGUUACAAAUAUUGGCUUCAAACUAUCAACAUGGCAAUUCGAACCAUUCUUCUCCCUUUGCUUUUCACCCAACUAGCUGCUUCUUUCCCCUCUAGUCAUCCGCUUCUACAAGUUAAGCGCACGUUUCCCACAUUUGAAGAUGAGAACGAUUUCCAACCAGGACAAGAAGACCAGAUCAAAGCCGCCCUUCCAGAUGCUAUAGAUCUCGUGGCUCGUCUCACCGAGAACUAUGACCAAUACAGCGAUAUCUGGGCUAAAUAUUUCCCAGUGGCUGACCACGACACCGUUAAGAAAGUGUUUCAGCAGAUCGUCUCCGACCCGACCAACCCCGGCGAAGGAGAAGACCGUCUGAAAGACUGCAGGGUAGCCGGCUUUGACUUCUUGCCAGUUACUUCUGGUGAGGAUGCCUGCGCUGAAGGCGCGACUGCAUAUACCUCCAACUUUCUGGAGUCAGAUCACACGUAUAAGGGCGUCUCACGAACCCACUUCUGCCCCCCUGCGUAUCAACAGAAGGCCAGAUACUCUGAUAUAAGCUGCAAUGACAUUGGCGACACGCUGAACACUAAAAUGGAUUUCCUUGGCGCCACCAUCCUACAUGAGUGGCUGCACAAUGAUGCUGUCGGCAAGGCUGUCACCGGAACCCAUAUCAUAGAUGUAGACGGUCAGAACGGUUAUGGGCCAUAUAAUACGCGUCGCCUACUACGGGACUCGCCCGAUCAGUGCAAGAACAAUGCUGAUAGCUACACUUGGCUAGCGCUCGAGGUAUUCUGGACCAAACUCUGCCUGAGAAACACCCCAUACAACGAUCCCCCAGCACCCGACGCCCCGAGUUGCGAGCACGCUGCAGACCCAUCAGGAUCCGCGGGCUACUGUUCACGUUUCGCUGUUGAAGGAUGGUGUGAUUGCGGUUCUGCGGGCGACUAUCAGCAGCUGGACGGCUCUGAUCCCUGCGGCUACACAGCCGGGCCUCAAUUCGCGCCUAUUGACCUCGACACAGACCAUUGUGGUAUCUUGCCUUCAGCCCCUACAACUUCUGAAUGCACAGACUACAACACACCCGUGGCCGACGCAGAAAACAUGAACAACCAGCUAAAUGACUGGGGCGACGGGACGCUUUGCUGUACCAACGGCGACGGUGGUUGUGCGAAUAUUGCCGUCAGCGGCGAUUCCGCGGUUGAUCUGUGCUCGGCGUCGACGACACAGCAACAGUGUGUUGGCUGUGCCCGUAUGGCUAAUUACUUAUCUGGCAUCAUCAGCUCGUGCCAGCAAGAUGGGAAAGUAGGGGGGAAGCAGGAUAUUGCUGAAAACCCAGGGCUGUCGAUCCAAAUAUGAGCGGCAUAUGAUUAAGGAAGAAGAUGCCAUCGAGUUCAAAAUGGCAGGGGCAGGCAUAUAUGGAAUCCUGAGG